UUGGUGGCCGGGGCUUACAGUGGCGGGAGUUGGAGGCAAUAACUAGUCGUGUUCUGAGGGGUGCAAGAUACGAUUUCUGCUGAACCUGAGGGGCAUUUCCACGGCUUUUCUGUCAGUUGAACCUUUUCCUCUGGCCCAGAUGCUGUUCAAUUCGGUGCUCCGCCAGCCCCAGUUCGGCGUCCCGAGAAAUGGAUGGUCUUCCCAGUACCCUCUACAGUCCCUUCUAACUGGUUAUCAAUGCAACUGUAAUGAUGAGCACACUUCUUAUGGAGAAACAGGAGUCCCAGUUCCUCCUUUUGGAUGUACCUUCUCUUCUGCUCCCAAUAUGGAGCAUAUACUAGCAGUUGCCAAUGAAGAAGGCUUCGUUAGAUUGUAUAACACAGAAUCACAAGCCUAUAGAAAGAAGUGUGUCAAAGAAUGGAUGGCUCACUGGAAUGCUGUCUUUGACCUGGCCUGGGUUCCUGGUGAACUUAAACUUGUUACAGCAGCAGGUGACCAAACAGCCAAAUUUUGGGAUGUAAAAGCUGGUGAGCUGAUCGGAACAUGCAAAGGUCAUCAGUGCAGCCUUAAGUCAGUUGCCUUUUCUAAGUUUGAGAAAGCUGUCUUCUGUACAGGUGGAAGAGAUGGAAACAUUAUGGUCUGGGACACCAGGUGCAACAAAAAAGAUGGAUUUUAUAGACAAGUGAAUCAAAUCAGUGGAGCUCACAAUACCUCAGACAAGCAAACCCCUUCAAAACCUAAGAAGAAGCAGAAUUCAAAAGGACUUGCUCCUUCUGUGGAUUUCCAGCAGAGUGUUACUGUGGUCCUCUUUCAAGAUGAGAAUACAUUAGUCUCAGCAGGAGCCGUGGAUGGGGUAAUCAAAAUAUGGGAUUUACGUAAGAAUUAUACUGCUUAUCGACAGGAACCUGUAGCAUCCAAGUCCUUCCUGUACCCAGGUAGCAGCACUCGAAAACUAGGAUACUCAAGUCUGAUUUUGGAUUCCACGGGCUCUACUUUAUUUGCUAACUGCACAGAUGACAAUAUCUACAUGUUCAAUAUGACUGGAUUAAAGACUUCUCCAGUGGCUAUCUUCAAUGGACAUCAAAACUCUACCUUUUAUGUUAAAUCAAGUCUUAGUCCAGAUGACCAGUUUUUAGUUAGUGGCUCAAGUGAUGAAGCUGCCUACAUCUGGAAGGUCUCCACACCCUGGCAUCCUCCUACUGUGCUCCAGGGUCACUCUCAAGAAGUCACAUCUGUGUGCUGGUGUCCAUCAGACUUCACAAAGAUUGCUACCUGCUCUGAUGACAAUACUCUGAAAAUCUGGCGCUUGAAUAGAGGCUUAGAGGAGAAAUCAGGAGGAGAUAAACUCUCCAUAGUGGGUUGGGCCUCUCAGAAGAAAAAAGAAGCGAGAGCUGACUUAGUGACAGUGACAAGUAGCCAGAGUACUCCUGCCAAAGCACCCAGAGUAAAGAGCAGUCCAUCCAUUUCCUCCCCAUCAUCAGCAGCUUGUGCUCCAAGCUGUGCAGGAGACCUCCCUCUUCCUUCAAAUACUCCCACAUUCUCUAUUAAAACCCCUCCUGCCAAAGCCCGGUCUCCCAUCAGCAGAAGAGGCUCUGUCUCCUCUGUCUCUCCCAAGCCACCCUCAUCUUUCAAGAUGUCCAUUAGAAACUGGAUGACCCGAACACCAUCGUCAUCACCACCCAUCACUCCACCUACUUCUGAGACCAAGAUCACAUCUCCAAGAAAAGCCCUCAUUCCUGUGAGUCUGAAAUCAUCCCAAGCAGUGGCUUGCUCAGAGUCUAGAAAUCGAGUAAAGAGGAGACUCGACUCAAGUUGUCUGGAGAGUGUGAAACAGAAGUGUGUGAAGAGUUGCAACUGUGUGACUGAGCUUGAUGACCCAGUUGAAAAGCUUCAUUUGGACCUGUGCUGCCUUGCUGGUAACCAGGAAGACCUUGGUAAGGACUCUCUAGGUCCUACAAAACCAAGCAAGAUCGAAGGAGCUAGUAUGAGUAUCUCAGAGCCUCCUUCUCCUGCCAGUCCUUACACUUCAGAAAGCUGCGGAACACUACCUCUUCCUUUGGGAUCUUGUGGAGAAGGGUCUGAGGUGGUAGGCAAAGAGAAUAGCUCCCCAGAGAAUAAAAACUGGUUAUUGGCCAUGGCAGCCAAACGGAAGGCUGAGAAUUCAUCUCCUCGAAGUCCAUCCUCCCAGACCCCCAAUUCCAGGAGACAGAGUGGAAAGACUUCUCCAGGCCCGGUCACUAUUACUCCCAGCUCCAUGAGGAAAAUCUGUACAUACUUCCAUAGAAAAUCCCAAGACGACUACUGCAGUCCCGAACAGUCAACAGAAUUAUAGAUUCUAAUCUGAGUGAGUUAACUGAACUUUGGCCCAUUAAAACAAGACAAAAAAUAUAACAGAGUGAUUCUCUAACUCUAAUCUUUAAGAAAGCUACCGUUUUUUUCAUUUUCAGAGAAAAUCCUUUCAACUCUGAAGUUUACCCACUCUGGUUCUACCAUAGCUUAUAUGCAGCUUCCUUGGGAUGAAUGCUGUGUUUAAUUCCAUAAAGUAAGUUUAUCACUCUGUAACUUUUUGAAUGAGUAGUCUUCACGUUUUAAAUUAUGCCUCUUUUCUACAAUAAUGACAUCCCAGCUUGUAGAGGCAAAAAGUGAGACUUGUCUCUUGCUACUCUGAGACUGUGGGUGCACAGUGGAAAGUAUCUCCUGGUCACAGCAGGAGGCCUGUCUGUGAAGGCCGGUUGCUGAAGAAGUCUUCUGCUGGGGACCUCUGGAUCUGUGCUGCCUCAAACAAAUAUAGUUUCAUUUAAAAUUUAUAUAAUCUUUUCACUACACUUUUGGGAGUUUUUUUGUUUUUUUUUUUAGUAUGUGUAAAAAUGUGAUGUUCAGAUAAGUACAUUUAUCUUGAUUCAGUGUUCAGUGUUAAAAUACAGUCUCUUAAGUUAAAAUCAUCUUUUUUUAAGAGCAGUGAUAAACGUCAACUCUUUGGAGAAACUAGGAGAACAACACUAGAAACCUUUGCUUCUUUUUCCCCCCAAAUAUAUCUCCCAUAUGAGACUUAAGGUUCUUCUAUUUUUACUAAGUAAUUUACUAUGGUACCAACCCAACAUCAUGUUCUAUAAGAGGUUACAAUUUUUGCCAUUUACUAGACAAAGAUAUUUAUAAAAUCAACAGUCAUACAUUAAAGUUGGGGUUUGAAUUCAACUUGAAUUCAGUUCUGUAGGGCUGCAACUUUUUAAAAAUAUAAGUCAUCAUAUUGAAGAAAAAGUAAUGAUUUCUUAUUUGUACUUUCAUAAAAGAACAUAGCUCUAAACUGAAAAUCCAGAAUCUAAAAAACAAUUCUUGGCUUUAACUUGAUUUUUUGGAUUCUCUUCAUAGACAUAAAAAACUGUAACCCUCUAUUAUAUCCCUGAGCUGAAAAGUCAUGGAAAUUUCUCUAAAUAUUUAAUAUAGAAGGUGUUUAGAUUGGUUCUAAGUUAAUAAUUUGCAAAAUAUUUUGAACAUCUUCCCUUUAAUCAGUAGGUACAUAUCAAUCAUCUUGAAAUGAACUGUUGUUUUCUGUUUUUCCCCUUUAUAACUUCAUAGACACAAGCUCCAUGUACUUUCUGUGUACUAUGUCCUUGGAAGGAAAUCCCCUAGCAAUCAUGAAACUUGAUUCAUUUUAUCCAUAUCCCUGAGAAAUAAUGUAGAUUUUAUUCAUAUUUUUGUCAUAAUUUUAAAAUCUGUUCUUAAUGACAAAUUUUAAUUCUUUUGAUGCCAAUAAGUUAAGCUUGUACCAACCAGAACUACGUAUGUGAAUCAAACUUGGAUUCUCCAUGUGUUUAUGCAAGGAGAAAAAUAGAGAAGCCACAGAAUUGUUGUUUUUGAAACAAAGCACUCCAUAGCAUUAACUGAAUAUUUAGAAACUCUACUUAUAAUUAGUGUUUGAUUUUUUAAUGUUAGGCUGUGGAAAGGUGUUAUUUAUGACCAUAUCUGCUAAUAAUGCUACCUGUCUCUUGCUUUGAAAGCCAGUGGGGGGUGGGGGGGGGGAAGGAUAACUAAAGUAGAUAAUUAUAUUCUUUGUAUCCUUGAACAUCACCUAACAGCUCUACUGAGUAAAACUGGGGUAAAUGUGGCUGAUAGAAACUGUGCUGAGAGUCUAUUGGCUGUAACAUGUCCCACUUGGAAAACUAGUACUUCAAAUGGGUGCCAAAGGUCAAAUGUAAUGAGAUAAUAAUUAUUCCUGCCUCUGUCAGUGUCAGACUUUGAGCUGAUCCUGAAUAAUAAAGCCUUUUACCUUAUCUGA